AUGUCGAUGAUUACAGCUACAGUCUGGGUACCUCGUGGUGUUGCAGCCUCAUUUCCGAAAAAAAACGAGUUCGAUGAGGAAGAGUUUCGUCGCAUUGCAAAACUCGCAAAGCUUCAGUUAAAAGAGGCAAAUGAUGAUUUAGAAGAUGCCCAGAAAAGCGACGCGAUACGAUUAGAUAGCAAAGAUAACGGAGCUUUUGCGAUAGAAGAGGCGACGAGUAAAAAAAUACAAUCAACAGAUGAGCAUGACGAUGAUUUACGGGAAUACGAUUUGGAGCACUAUGAUGACGAUUUAUUAGAUGAAAAAGAUGAUGAAGGGGGUAGUAUGGGUAUCUUCAGCAAUUUUAAGUCUCUUGUCUACCAUCAAUCAAAUAAAGAUGAUCCAUAUAUUACCAUGCAUGACAACGAGGAAGAUGACGAGGAACGAGAAGAACUUCAGAUUUUAGCGACAGAUAAUCUUCUUCUCACUGCAAAGGUUGAAGAUGAGAUAUCGCAUCUAGAGAUAUAUGUUUAUGAAGACGAAGCAGACAACCUCUAUGUUCAUCAUGAUAUUAUGCUUCCCGCCAUCCCACUCUGCGUAGAGCGUCUAGACUUUGCUGUCGGGAAACAGACAAUAGAUCAAACAGCUAUUUCAAAUUUUGUGGCUGUAGGAACCUUUGAUCCUGAUAUAGAGAUAUGGGAUUUGGACACAAUAGAUUGCAUGUAUCCAAAUGCCAUACUUGGACAAGGUGGGGAUAUGCCAAAUUCAGAUUCUGAAAGCCAUCUAAAAAAGAGAAAGAAAAAAUCCAAGAAAUCCAACGAUAAAUAUCAUGUGGAUUCAGUUUUGGCACUAGCGUCCAACCGUCAACACCGAAACCUACUGGCUUCGGCAUCAGCCGAUAAAACAGUUAAAUUAUGGGACCUUAACACGGCGAAGUGUGCCAAAUCGUAUAGUCAACACUCAGAUAAGGUCUGCUCUCUACAAUGGCACCCAAGUGAAUCUACUAUCCUACUAAGUGGCAGUUAUGACAGAACCGUUGUAGCUGCAGAUAUGCGGGCACCUGAGUCAAAAGCCCCCACAUGGGGGGUUGAGAGUGAUGUUGAGAUGGUUAAGUGGGAUCCUCAUAACUCAAACUUCUUUUUCAUAGCGACAGAAGGAGGUAUGGUUCAUUAUCAUGAUAUACGAAACGCACCGAUGAGUCCAGCCAACAGCAAGCCAACAUGGAUCUUGCAAGCUCAUGAUUCUUCGGUAUCCGCAUUUGAUGUUAAUCCAAUAAUAUCUGGUUUUAUAAGCACUGGUUCCACUGAUAGAUUAGUAAAACUGUGGAAUAUUCUUCCAUCGGGCCCUUCGAUGGUUGUAUCGCGUGAUCUUGACGUUGGAAAAGUAUUUUCGGCGAAUUUUGCUCCUGACAAAGAAGUCGGCUUUAGGCUUGCAGUUGCUGGGAGCAAAGGCACAGUACAAAUAUGGGAUACCUCAACCAACCCAGCGGUCCGAAAAGCGUUCGUUGAUAGGAUUUGUAUAGACAUAGAUGAAAGAAAGGAAAGACUUGUCGGCGUUCAGGCUGAUAGUAGCGAUGAGUCAGACGAUGAAGUAGGCCAAAAUAGCAUUCAGCAUGAGGGAGAUACUGAACAGGGUUGGGAGUCAAUGGAUGAGAAUUAA